AUUGGUGUUCAAACAGCGCUUCUGUUUAACUCACAAGAUGAGACUAGCCACAGUUUGCCUUGCUCUGGCAAUCUUGGCUAAAGUAACCUAUGCUUUAAGCGGGCCUAAUGUGUGCUCAAGGACUACUGUCCGUACCCGUAGCACGAAAUACUGCUGCUUCUGGUUUCUCGGGUGCUGGUUUUGGGAAACUCGUUCGAUAAAGACAUACCACAGAAAAGAGUACUGCUGUACUGGGUACCAAAGCUCCGGUGGACGAUGUAAACCGUAUUGUCCUGAUGGGUGUGGAAUGGGCACUUGUGUUGGCCCCUCACAUUGUAACUGUGGUUCAGCGUACACAGGAAAGAACUGUGGAACACCGCAAUGUUCUUCCCGGUUCCCAUGUUAUCCUGGGAUAUGUUCCUACCCCAGUAAUUGUCAAUGUGCGGCAGCCUUUGGGAAGACACAUGCCAACAGCAAAAAAUGUCAGGAAAUUAUCCCACGGCCGUCGGUGAUGACAGGGAAUGCUUUAUUUGAAUUUUAUGACAAAGACCGAAAAGACAUCAUAUACUCGUUGAGUUUGUUUGCUCCUGACAACGGCACAAACAUUCUGACUUGGUGGUCAAACAUCAGAAAGUUCAACAGAUUCGAGUUAGAAAUGGAAGCCUUUCUGGACCUUGGGAAGCUUCCUGAAAGGCCGUCAUAUGUGCUAUCAAGCCAUUUCGGAAUCCUGAGUGCCGGUAUCACCUACACACUUACUAAAGCAAGUGGUGUUGGAAACCAAACAGAACAGCUUCAUUGUCGCACAGCAAAUCAAGGGGUAGAAUCCGGUGUACUGAGUUGUUCUAUACCCGUGAAGUCCUUUUUAUAUCGCUUGGACAAUGGCGAUGUGUUUACCGCGAGGUUUGAGGUGGAAAGUGGAGGAUACAUGAGACUUAAAGGUGGAUCUAAAGACAACUUUGAUGGCAAGACUGGUUUUAAGGAAAUCAGAGUAUUAUUUGAUUUCAUACCGCCAGUCCACUGUCGGGAUAAUCAUACAUGUGGGACUGUCCAUCACAAGCCGCCAUUAGAGGUGGUCAAGGACAUUACUAGGGAUCCAGUUACGCUGAAAUGGUCGGGAUGGGGUGACAGCCUUUCUAAUUUGGAUUCGUACAUUCUUGAGGUGUUCAAACUGAGUGGUGGAGGUGUGUUCUUGUUGGAAAAGUUUCCGAUGAAACCAACAUUUGUAACAAAAUUAUCUUCAUCCACAAAUCAGUACACAUACAAACCAGAGGAACCAGGAAUGUACUCAGCAAUCCUCGGUGUAAAGGAUAGAGCUAACAACACUAGAUAUGUCCGUGAACUUUUUUUGUAUGACGCCUCUUCAAAUAUCUCUUUGGAAACAUCGUCUCCAGUGCACGUAGCAAGUGCAUCACCGGAGUCAAAUUACCAGUGGCAGAUUCCAAACACACAAGGGAAGACUGCUAUCGAGAUUAAUUGGAAAGGGCACUUUAUCAACAAGGUUCAUAGGGAUGGUGGACUUUUGGCCGCAGUUAGAGAUUACCCGCCUCAACUGAAGAACAAAUACCUGGAUACAGUCGAGAAGGCGGUCAGUAAAGAGCUAAAGAACCCUGACGCUAAUAGAACCAGUGAGGCGAUACCAAAUAUCGACAGCAUUGUCAGAUUUGAAGUGAAGGUGGAGUCUUUUAUAGAGGGUGCUGACCUGAUACCCCCAACAGAGAACUGGCGAGACCUGAAGUUGGUAGAUUCCAUUGCCGUCAACGAGAGUGUUUCACAAGGGGAUUGCGUCAUCGCAUGGGUACGAGCUUACGACACCAUCGGCAACAACGCCACUAACUACGGAAUGGUUUGUUUCGACGCGUCAGCUCCUUCUAUCAGAGUGGAUUCAUUUGAACGGGAUUUUGAGAAUGAAUUCUUCAGCAGAUUAAAGUUCCGAUCACUUGAUCGUGACAGCGGCGUUGCUAUGGUAAAAUGGUCUUUCCAAGACAAUGUAACACGUCAGAAUGUAGAGAUACCAUACCGUGAUAACAUUCCAAUUCCUGGAAAAUUAGUAAACAGCACGAGAGACAAAUGCGACUUAUCUGGAGACUGUAACUGCAUCGAGACAGGAGAGUGUUUUUCUUCGGACUACCAAUUUGAUGUCGAUCACUGUGUGCUAUACAAUCCUAGUAUGGAGGAUACGGAAACACAUUACGUCAUGAUAUUGACCGUCUUUAACCAAGCGAUGCUCAAUGCAUCGACUGAAUUUUUGAUUGAGAACAUUCAGGACCUCCGUGGCAUGGACUUUUGUGCGAGGAAGUUUAAAACGCAAAUUGUAGACUCCGGAGCACUCACAGCUGGGGGAAUAUCCGGGAUUGCUAUAUGUGCCGUCCUUGUUCUCGUUAUUAUAAUCGCUGGGCUAAUAUUGCACAAGACUGGGCGUUUGCAAUUAGUGAAAGAACGGAGCCAAGAUACCAUGCGUAAUAUUCGUCAGUCUGUCCGUCGAGGGCACAACUUUGAUGUACUAAACAGCUACAAGACAGGGGGAUUUGAUCAGGAUGACAUAUAUAUGUAUGGCCAUCAGACUUACGAACAACCCCCUGAGUGGGACAUUCAUCCAGCAGAUUUGACAAUCAACAAUUUGAUUUCCGUUGGAAAGUUUGCAAAGAUAUAUGAGGCCGAUCUCAUUCAACGUGGGCAAUUGAUGAAAGUGGUUGCGAAAACGUUGAAAGACAAUUACACCGAAGAAGACUCGGUCUUGAUGGCUGCAAAGAUAAACUUCUUCGGCACAAAGGUUGGACGGCAUUCAUGCAUCCUAGAAAUGAUCGGAGCAAUCAUCAGUGAUGAUAAGAUGGGACCAGUUAUGGUAUUGGAGCGCUGUGGUUACGGCUCGGUGAAAGACUGGCUCACAAAUAACAAAGAUCGCCCAUCUGACUCUAGCAUUGAUUUCCUCUUCCGGUUUGUUUAUUCCAUUAUACAGGGAAUGGAGUAUCUCGCCAGUCGAGAGAUAAUUCAUAUGCGCCUGGCAGCGAGAAACGUCUUGUUAACUGAUAAACUAGAGCCCAAGAUUGCCGGUUUUGGUCCACGCCAUGGGGAUGACGAAGAAGACGGCGACAAGAAAGAACGCAUUCCGGUUAAGUGGAUAGCUCCGGAAUGCCUUAGCUCCAGCAAAAAUAAGGCGACGGAGAAAUCUGAUGUCUGGUCAAACGGUAUCGUCAUGUGGGAGAUCUUUUCAUUUGGAGAAACCCCCUAUCCUAAGAUUAGAUCGGCAGACCUGUCCCGUGCCCUUAAGAGAGGAGAGAGACUUGGCCGACCUGAAUUCUGUGAUGACACCCAUUACAAGAUCAUGCAAAAUUCGUGGAAAAUGAAACCUACAGAACGGCCGACUUUCCAAGAAAUAAGGGAAGAUAUUGAAAAGAUGUUCAGCGGCUCCGGUGAUGAUUACUAUUAUUCCAAUUUCGCCAAACAAUAAAAACUGUGGGGUUAGAAUUUCGCCACUAGAACAUUGUCACCUAGAUGAAUUAUAUGUGGAAUGGGUUCCAAGAAUAUCAGACACAAGUGCAUCAUGUAACAAUAAGAAAACGUACUGUAUACUGGAAUCAUUUACUUUUUGUUGAAUCCUCAGAUUGCUGUAAUAGAUUUUAACUUUUUGUUAUAGUUGUUAAACAGAAAAGAGGAUAAGAUAGGUAUAAUUCUGCUUUUUAAUAUUUCGUUUUAAAAUGUUAAGCAAAAGGUUAUAAAUGUGUGUGUUAUUGUAUAUCACCAGUCAAAUGAGUGUCAUAAACUUUCCUUCUAAGUUAUAUCCAAUAAUUGACCCUACCUGUUGGUGUUCAAAUAUCUGUAUAUGACCCUAUAUUAUGGAUUUCAUUUGUCUGAGUGUAACCCUACCUGUUGGUGUUCAGUAAUCUGAGUAAAACCCUACCUGUUGGUGUUCAGUUAUCUGUAUAUGACCCUAUAUUAUGGAUUUCAUUUGUCUGAGUGUAACCCUACCUGUUGGUGUUCAGUUAUCUGCAUAUGACCCUAUAUCAUGGAUUUCAUUUGUCUGAGUGUAACCCUACCUGUUGGUGUUCAGUAAUCUGAGUGUAACCCUACCUGUUGGUGUUCAGUUAUCUGAGUAAAACCCUACCUGUUGGUGUUCAGUAAUCUGAGUAAAACCCUACCUGUUGGUGUUCAGUUAUCUGUAUAUGACCCUAUAUCAUGGAUUUCAUUUGUCUGAGUGUAACCCUACCUGUUGGUGUUCAGUUAUCUGUAUAUGACCCUAUAUCAUGGAUUUCAUUUGUCUGAGUGUAACCCUACCUGUUGGUGUUCAGUUAUCUGAGUAAAACCCUACCUGUUGGUGUUCAGUUAUCUGAGUAAAACCCUACCUGUUGGUGUUCAGUUAUCUGAGUGUAACCCUACCUGUUGGUGUUCAGUUAUCUGCAUAUGACCCUAUAUUAUGGAUUUCAUUUGUCUGAGUGUAACCCUACCUGUUGGUGUUCAGUAAUCUGAGUAAAACCCUACCUGUUGGUGUUCAGUUAUCUGCAUAUGACCUUAUAUCAUGGAUUUCAUUUGUCUGAGUGUAACCCUACCUGUUGGUGUUCAGUUAUCUGCAUAUGACCUUAUAUUAUGGCUUUCAGUUGUCUGAGUGUAACCCUACCUGUUGGUGUUCAGUAAUCUGAGUAAAACCCUAC